CGUGCGCAUGUGCGGGGCCCAUGGCGAGACAAGGGGCCGAAGGCGCGCAGGGCCCGAGGCCGAGAGGGCUCUGAAGGCCGUCAGGCUGCUCCGCUCCCGCCCCGCUGAUGCCCGAGGGAGCCGAGCCAUGAAGGGGCAGCAAAAAGCAGCUGAGACCGAGGAGGGGACGGUGCAGAUCCAGGAAGGUGAGGGGGGACCCCAAAAUUGGGGUGAUGUACUGGGUGAUCAGGUGGUGACACGGGGUGGCUCUGGGGGUCUCUGUGUCACACCUGUCUGCUGUCCCCCCUGUCCCCAGGUGAUGUACCGGGUGAUCCAGGUGGCUGACGGGCAGCUGGACGCGCAGACCGAGGGCACCAGCGCCAUCAGCGGCUACCCGGCCACACAGUCCAUGACACAGGUGCGUCACCUGGCCACGCCCACUGCCACACCCACUGUCCCCACCCUGCCUGUGCCCUGCCCAGUCCGUGGCCCAGGCCGUGACACAGGUGUGUCACCUGGCCACGCCCACUGCCACACCCCCUUGCCACACCCUGGGCCUCACCUGUGCCCCACCCAGUCCAUGGCCCAGGUGAUGUACCGGGUGAUCCAGGUGGCUGACGGGCAGCUGGACGCGCAGACCGAGGGCACCAGCGCCAUCAGCGGCUACCCGGCCACACAGUCCAUGACACAGGCCGUGACACAGGUGUGUCACCUGGCCACGCCCACUGCCACACCCCCCGUGACACCUGUGCCCUGCCCAGGCCGUGACACAGGGCAGUUUUUCGUGAUGAUGUCACCACAGGAGGUGCUCCCGGGGGGGGCCCAGCGCUCCAUCGCCCCCCGCGCACACCCCUACUCCCCGAAGUCGGAGGCUCCCCGAGCCACGCGGGACGAGAAGCGCCGGGCACAGCACAACGAAGUGGAGCGCCGGCGCCGGGACAAGAUCAACAACUGGAUCGUGCAGCUGUCCAAGAUCAUCCCCGACUGCUCCAUGGAGAACACCAAAUCCGGACAGAGCAAGGGCGGGAUCCUGUCCAAGGCCUGCGACUACAUCCAGGAGCUGCGGCAGAGCAACCUGCGGCUGAGCGAGGAGCUGCAGGGCCUGGACCAGCUGCAGAUGGACAACGAGGUGCUGCGCCAGCAGGUGGAGGAGCUCAAGAACAAGAACCUGCUGCUGCGGGCGCAGCUGCGCCAGCACGGGCUGGAGAUCGUCAUCAAAAACGACACCCACUGACCCCAAAAACCCCGAAAUCCACCCCA